GUUUAGCAUUACUCAGCGUCCUUUUCUUGGAGUAAGUUGUGUAGUGAAGUGUUAGAUUUUCAUCAGGAAAAAUUUAAGCUCUUUUUAGAGAAAAAAAAUGGCAAAUCAAGAUUGUCCUAUGGAAAACGGAGAGGACUUUUCACAGGACGUACAGGCAGAUCAAAAUUUCCAACAGAAUGACCAAAUGAAUGGACAACAGCAAAACGGAGGCGCAGGAGAUGCGUCUCAAAUGGCCGACAGUGGAAGUGCAGAUACGCCAGGCCGAGACGACGACAGAAAAUUAUUUGUUGGAGGUUUAAGCUGGGAAACUACAGAAAAAGAACUUAGGGAACAUUUCGGCCAGUAUGGCGAGAUCGAAAGUAUUAACGUUAAGACAGAUCCGAAUACAGGCAGGUCGCGGGGCUUCGCGUUCAUCGUUUUCAAUACCGCCGAAGCAAUCGACAAAGUUUCGUCCGCCGGCGAUCACAUCAUUAACAACAAGAAGGUUGAUCCCAAAAAGGCGAAAGCACGACACGGGAAAAUCUUUGUUGGUGGUCUUACCACUGAUCUAUCCGAUGACGACAUCAAGAACUACUUUAGACAGUUUGGAAAUAUCGUAGAAGUAGAAAUGCCUUUUGAUAAGACGAAAAACCAAAGAAAAGGCUUCUGUUUUAUCACUUUUGACUCGGAACAGGUUGUGAACGAGUUAUUAAAGACACCAAAGCAGACCAUCAAAGAUAAAGAGGUUGACGUGAAAAAGGCUACGCCGAAACCUGACGCGAUGGGUAUGGGUAUGGGCAUGCGUGGUGGCCGUGGGGGCGGUCGAGGAAUGGGCCGUGGUCGGGGUCGUGGAGGCGGUUACGCCCAGAACUGGGGUCAGAACUACGGGGGAUACGGUGGUUACAACCAAGGCUACGGCGGCGGCUAUGACGGCUACGGCGGUGGCUACGACUACUACGGUGGCGGCUACGGAGGCUACGGAGCAGGAUACGGCGGUUACGAUUACUCUGGCAAUUAUGGUAAAUACAACCAAUAUACAGGGUACUAUGGAUAUGGUAACUAUGAAGGCGGCUACGGUGGCGGAAGAGGUGGUGUGGCACGUGGCAAAGGUGCUGGAAACUUCACGGGUGGCAAGCAAAGAGGUGGCGGUGGUGGUGGCCGGAAUCAGAGGCAUCAACCCUAUUAAGUUACGUUUCAUCAUCCAUCUCUAUCUCGAUCAACUACACCCACCUUUAAUUUCUUUCUCUGUGCAUUGGUACUGUUCGUUCG